GCACUAUAAUUCAACAGCCGACCUUUUUCAGUGACUAUAACCAAAGUGGAAGUAUAUGAUUCGCUUUUUUUUUGUUUCCUGCACAAAGUCAUCAAUAGAUUGAAAAUAGUUUCACAUAAAAGUAUUCCAUUCUAUUAUUUGUUGUGCUAAUUGCAUGAAUGCACGUACACAGUGAAGUUUGGAAUGAAUUUCUAGCUAUGAAAACGUCUGAUAAUGUUUGAUCGGAACAAGUCAUGCAAGUUGUUCAAAGCAUGUGACCCGGGAUGCUGUGGAACUAAAACGGAUAUGUACGUAUUUUUAUUACGUUUUCAUACAUCAUACAUGAGCACAAUUACUCUGCCAGUGGUUUACGCAUGAUACAUGAAAACAUGAAUUUGAGAAUGAACUAAAAUGGACCGCCAAUUCCAUUCAACUAAAAAAUUGUUGGUCGCUAAAUACAAGGUCACGUAUUUCAGAAGAUGAUAACCGAUUCAGAGUUGACUUCAAAGACUAACGACCGUCCAGAUACGAUCUCUGCAAUUAGAAAAUAAAUAAUGCCCAUCAUCGAUUUUAAUAAUAUCUGAUUCUAAAUUAUCCGUCGAGCAUUCAUAAUUGUUCAAGUGUGAUAGUCUAUUAAACUGAAUCUAAAAUGCCUUCAUCCGAGAGAGAACCUUUAUUUUCGAGCUCGUCGACCUCGAUGGCACGUGGGUCAACGAGCAUGACGUACGAUGCAGCAUUGGAGCUCGCACCAUCUCGGUCGCAAUCCGUCGUCGACGAACCACCGCCCGAAUCGAUGAAGCAGCGGAUGAGACGCUCGUUAUGGUUCCCUAUAUCAUUCGUCUUCGGGUUCGUGUUUUUCAUUACGUUGGUCGAGCACGGUGUCCGCUUCAACGUCGUACUCUACACGGAGAACGUGUUGGAAUAUACGAAAGGGAAUUCCCCGAUCCUCAUCGCAGCCUUUGACGCCAUCGCUCCAUGCUUGCCGCUGAUUGGUGGAUGGCUCGGCGGCUCCUGGUUUACAAGGUCAAAGGUCACAAUCACAGGAGCAUUUGCAACACUUUUAGGAAUUCUUCUCUUGACCAUAAACGUCGCACCAUAUUCUCCCGAGGCCGAGGAAAACUUCUCGAUAUCAGCCAAACGAGCCCUCUUUGUCUUAGGUUUUACAUUGCUCUUCGUCGGGCUAGCUCUGUAUGGCGCAAACGAUUACGUCAUCGCAGCGAGGGAGAUCGAACGGGACAGAGGACUAAACAAUAAUGGAAUCAGGAAUAUGUUUUGUGUUUUUUAUAUAGUGUACUUUUCUGCGAUCACCUGUUCAGAGCUCCUGUUCCAAUUGGUCGACGCUACUUCGUUUUUCUUCGUCUACUUACUAUUGGAUGCUUCCGUAGUGCUUUCCAUCACAUCAAUGAUGCUAGGCCAGACGUUUUACGUCAAAGAGCAGCGAAAACGGUUUGUGUUGAGGAAUCAGAUUCGCAUAAUCUGGGAAGGGAUAAGUCGGAGGAAGCACGCCCCCAACGUUCCAAAAUGGAUCCAGCGAGCCUCCACCCAAUAUGGCGGUUCUUUCCAACCGGAAGAGGUAUACGAAACGAGUCACUUUCUGAGGACUAUUCCUAUCUUCCACACCGUCACAAUAUUCGUUAUCGUCAACUACUUUAUUGACUUAACCUACCACAAGCAGACGCUUUUAUUGAACCCUGUCUUUGAUGACAUCACGACAUCGGAAUUCAUUUACAAUCUUUAUCAGCCAAUCGUGUCAGUCCUAACAAAUCUAACUACUUUGCUCAUUCUCUAUCCAUGUACCAGCCGCUGGGGGCGGUGUGAUUCUCCUUUUAUUCGAAUAGGUGUAGGAAUAAUAUUCGGAAUCCUCUCCGUCAUCUUCGCUGCCAUCGUAGAGACGGGACGAAAGCAGAUGACGGUAGGGGAGGAGGAGGAGGAGGGCGUCAUGGUAACCAUGGUGACAAACAUCACUUAUAACGCCUCAUCUUUAAGUGUCAUGUCUCAAAUACCGCAGUACACUUGUGCAGGGAUCGCAGAUGCGCUCGUACUCACUGCUGGCGUGGAGGUAUCGUACGUGGAGGCCCCCUAUUUCCUGAAGGGUAUUGCGGUAGGAAUGUUUCUCCUAAUGUCUGGUGUUGGUAGUUACAUCCUAGCUCAGCUCAUCAUUCUCAUCGUCAAUGGCAUCUCAGGAGCAGCUGGUCAGGAAUGGUACACUGAAGACCUAAACACAUCUAGGAUGGAAUAUUUCUACUGCAUCCUGGCGGCCAUUUUGAUUUUGGACAUUCUGUACAUUUAUUUAGUCACGAGAAAAUAUGAACGCGCUGAUUGGGAAAGUGUGAAGACGAAAGUGACGAUGGAUGAUGAAAACGAUGACGAUGAAAACGUCGAUACGAUUUUUGAUGACUUUGACGGAGAAAACAGGGAAUGCCAAGAAGAACAUACGCUUGAAAUAUCAGAUACGAGUAGCUUAUCCGAAAGAUGACGUCACGUCACUCACCAUCAACCUUAAAUGUACUAGCACCACGAAAAGGACAGGAAUGGUUUAACUUUAUUUAAUAGCUUUACUUAUGAUACAAGAGUUUAGUUUGGCCCUGAUGAUAAUUGUAGUCUUUAUAUUAACUUACUGUGUCUCAAUAUCGAAUUCCCUUUGAAAUAACCGGGGUCGUCUCGUUACGUUAUCGAAAUAUAAACGCAACAGCAGGACCAAUGCAUUCUUUACAGUAAAUUUCACUGGAAAUGUUAUCAGCCCCUCAAAAGUUGUCAUCAGGAUUAUUGCUGUAUUUUUAUGUGAUCAUUGGGAUUUUUAAACAAAAACACAAAAAAAUGGUAAAAUUGUGUUAGGCCUACUUAUCCUGGGUUCAAUAUCAAGUUUUUUAAAAUUUAUUUUCAUUUCCAUCAUUAACAUUAUAAACAAAUACAAACCAAGCAUACAUCAUAAACAAAUACAAAUCAAAUAUGAUUACUGUAUAUCAUGGCCUGGACAAACAUUAUCUUUGCUCUACCUCGCUUUCCAAUGUUAUGGCUACUCGUGAUUGAUAAUAAUAAUAAUAAUAAUAAUAUAGGGUAUUUAUAUUGCGCACAUAUCCACCUUGUUAGGUGCUCAAGACGCUCCUAUAUUACCCGGCUAAGCUAGGCGUUCAUAGCGCACACAGCUUUUUAAGGAAUUACUUCCUACUGGUACCCAUUUACCUCACCUGGGUUGAGUGCAGCACAUUGUGGAUCAGUUUCUUGCCGAAGGAAAUUACGCCAUGGCUGGGAUUCGAACCCACGACCCUCUGUUUCAAAGUCCGAAGACUAAUCCGAAGACUGAUAGCACUAUCAGUCACCAGUGGUGGCUGUCCGUCCAUGAUUGUGAUUAAUCGGAUCAAUCGUAACUCUUUGUAAGACGGGGCCCAGAAGUGAGAUCCAUCAUCACUGGUUAUCAGUCGCAGGUGGCGACAACAUUUGAAAGGUGGGGGACGGAGGCCUGGGGAGGGGGUGGGUGUCACUGAAUAGUCAGAACGUUCUCGACUUUGUGUACCAUGGGACGGAAAAUCGCGAAAAAAAAAUAAAAGCAAGCGAAAGAAUAUAUCAUCAAUAAUAUACCAUACAACUUUGUUUAUUCAACUUUUACUACAAUUUUUCAAUAUGAAACUAAUAAAUCUAACCAAAUCAACCAACCUGUACUGUCUCUAUAAGUCUAUUUCCUUGUUUCAUUUAUUAUCCUCUGGAUUUUAAUGUCAGAAGCGAAUACCGUGCCCUUAUCAAUACUGAGAACCCUUCCCCCAUGCACCCCACAAGCACACCUUUACACGCUCAAAAGUAACCUAUUACAAAACAGACAUCGACUAAAUGUUAUUAGGUAAAUAGUAAAUACGAACUUGUAAGCAUAUUUCCAUUCCUAUUAUUUUCAAACAAUUAUGUAAGUAAUAUCUAUAACUUUGUAGGUAUAAUCUAGCCCUAGGUAUAGUAUACACUGGAAAUUUAUUAUAAGUUACGUUGUUUAAAAGUGUCAAGGAUAUUCGCCAUGCAAGUAUAAACUUUACUAUUUCAUUUUUUUUUGUAGCCUAAACAUCAUCUGGAAGAAUCGUUCCUUCAUCAUUUGUGUAAAGUGUAAAGAGAUAACAGAACCCUUCACACAUACUAUUUACAGACUGGAUAGUAAAUGGGUUAACUCUCCAAUGAUUAAUCUUAAUUGAUCUGUCUUUUAUAUUCCACUCAGGACCCACAAUGAUCAAAUUCAUCAUGUUAUAUCCCCACUUUUUUGUAUUGUAGUAUACGAAAUUAUGUUGAUUCAAUAUUUUCCUCCGACAAUAAAAAAACAUGUAUGGAUCAACAACGGA